AUGUCCUCUGCGGCGUGUCCGGCCUCUUUGAGUCCAUUUUCGAAGCAUAUGGAACACGAUGGGCCCGUUGGUGGCGAUACAGACGAAGCCCCAAUUUCCACAUUAAAGAGCCUAGUAGCAACAAUAAGCUCACUCAAACAGGAAAUAGAGCUUUCCGCUCCGUCUUCCAAGCUGGAGUCUCCCAUUGCCGAGGCUGAGUUGGCCACAUCAUUGCUACAAGGCCUAGCAAAGACAUUCUGCACCCUUCAAUCGAUUGAUCUUUGUGGAAAGGGAGAAAUGAGUAUGCCGUCCCAAGCGAAUCAUGAUACCAAACGUCCAAAGGCUGGCCCUUUUUCCUCGCUCGCCGCCGUUAAAGGCAAAGAUUCACCGAUUGAUUUGUUUCAAAAGCGAGUUGAUGUAUAUGUUUCUAAGAUAGAGAAACUAUCAUGUCCCCAGAAAGAAAAGAAAGAUUCAAAAGGCAAAUCUACCGUUGUCAAUACAAAGGCUGCCAACAGAAUCGUAAAAGAGACUCUAAAUUCAGCGCCAAAAACCAGAGCAGAACGGCCAUAA